AUGAAGGAAGGGUUUCAGCGGAGUGCACUUGGUUGUAAAAAGUGGCUUGAUAAUGAUUUACAGGCUGCUUGUGCUGCUGCCUUUGAGGAGGUUGCGUCGCUUAAGAGACAAGUGGUAGAACUGCAGAAUGCGAAGGAGCAGGAGGAGGAAAAAGUGGCUGUGCAGGCAGGAGAGCCGCGCGACUUGCAGAAGCAGCUUAGUAUAAGGGAAAAGGACUGUGCUGAGGUCUCGCAUAUGUACGAGGAAACAGCGUUUUUGAUACGUGAUGGUGCUACAAGCGUGGAGGGGCUUCUGCAAGAGAAGCGGGCGCGCAUUGAGGAGCUGGAGGUGCAGGUCCAGAAGAUGUCGCAACAGGCGUUGUUAACCGAGGAGCAGUUGCGGUUCGUUAGCGUGGAGGCGCAACAGCUGCGACAGGAGUUGGAUGAGUGCACAGAGAAGUACCUGAACCUUGAAGCAGUGCACCGUGCGUUGGGCGCCGACCUGCGUGAAGCCAAGCGCCUGCUUGAGGAGCGUCAGCGGACGUGGUCGCAGCGGCUGGAAGGCAUGCAAGGCGACAUGGAGAAGCAGAUGUGCGACGCAGCGGAGGAGGUGCAUCGGAUACGCUAUGAACAUGAGCAGGAAGGAAAUGGACUGCGCCGUGAGAUAGAUAGGCUGCAGGCAGAGUUGCAGGCGGUGCGGACACUUGCCGCCACAAAGCAGAUUACGGCGCAGGGGAGCCACCACCAGCUUGAGCACCUGCGUCAGCAGUUGACGGAGGCCCUGGAUGAGAAAACGCAGUUUGCCGCGGAGCUGGAAGCAACGCAGCAGUUGCUGCACAAGAAGGAGCUUUUGCUGCGCGGCCAGCAGCAGGGCGAUGACGCUUUGGGUGUGGUGGGUGACAGCAGUCGUUCUUCCGAUGCCCGCAUCAGCUCGUUGCUGCAGCGGAGCGAGGCACUGGAGGGGAAGGUGAGGCAGUUGACAAGCGAGAAGGACACCUUACUGCAGGAGAAGGAUGCGUUGGAGCUGGCUCUUCAGAGCACCCGCCACAUGGUGGAGGUGCGGGACCUUGCGUGCCAGCGGCAAACGGAUGAGGUGAAGCAGAUGCGGGCGCAAGUCGCCGCCAUGAAGGAGGAUUUGUCGUUUAGAGUUCAGUCCUGUAAUGCGCUGCGGCAGGAGUUAAAUGAGGCGCAGGAGCAAGCGGCGGAACUCGCGCGCGCCUACGAAGACUUCCAGCAGGCCACUUUUGCGGAGCAACGCGUUGCGCUUCUUCGGGAGCAUAUGGAGGCUCUGUUUCUGGCGAAGGUGAUGACGAUCCCGCGCGUCAUACAAGAUGUGCUGCACGGCAUCAUGUGGGCCUAUCAGCGCAUGCUGCGGCACGUCGCGGAGAAUCAGCGCAAACUUCUUGCCCGCUGCGACGCCAUUGAGCAGACAGCCACAGAUGCGAUGAUGGAGGGGGAGCGACAGAGUAAUGAGUUUCUUGUGGCCAUCGAGGACGCCAAGGUGGAGCGGCAGCAGCUACAGGCGAUCAUUGAACGCCUGGAGCAGGAGAUUGCCGCGGCCAAUCGCAUCGCAACGGCAGCCACAGAAGAGACCGCUGCGGUAACGGCAACUUCCACGGAGGCAGCACGCGACGCACGUGAGGCGGCCUCUAGAGCCAAGAGCGACCUCCAGGCGCUGCAGCUUGAUUACGAUGCUGCCCUCAACACCAUCAGCAUGUUGGAGACGGAGAAGGUCAACGCUGCCCGGCUGCUCGCCCGGGCGAAUGCCCGAAUAGAAGAGGUGGAGGCGGAGCAGCAGGGGGAAGUGGCUCAGCUGCAGGCGGCGUUGCUCGAAAAGACGCAGUCACUGCGCGACGCACAGGCGGUGGCGACGCAGAGGUUGGAGGCCGCGGAGCGGCAGGUGGAUCAGUACAAGGUUCAGCGUGACGAUGCCGCAAAGCAGGCACAAACGGUUCAGGCGUCGUUGGAUCGUGUGUUGCCACGACUUGAGCGGCUUGAGGCGGAACGGGCGGAACGGGAAGCAGAGCUGAUGGAUGCAACACAGCAACUGACGGCGUUGACUCAAAGAAGCACCUCAGCAGAGAUGGUGGCGCGGCGCCACAUGGAAGCCCUUAAUGCAACUCUUGCUGAACUGCGGUCCUCCCAAGCCGCCCUAAGCGAAAAGUGUGCAAAGGCCUAUGCCCAGGUCGAUGAGCUCAGGGCACAACUGACGGCAAGCGAGACGGAGGUUGGGCGAUUGCGCACUCGCACGGCGCAGCAAGAGCAGGAGGUAAAGGCGGCGCAUGCACGGCUUAGUGAGUUGGAGUCCACCUAUGUGCACGACACAAGCGAUGCUGCAACAUGGCGGCGUGACGCAGAGCGACGCUAUGCGACACUGGAGCAUCGCAACAGUGCCCUGCUUGUGGAGCUACAGACCUCGCAGCAGCAACAAGCCUCCCUGCAAGAACACGCUGAUGCUCUAGAAGCGAAGCUGCGGCAGGCGGCGGAUGAGCAUCGUGACAAAGACCAGCAACAGAGACGUUCUAUUCAACAGUUGAGGGAACGCUGUGAUGCCCUGGAAGGUGACCUUGUGAGACUAGAGGAGGCGCAUGCAAAAAUUACUGCUGAGCGGGAUGCGCUGAAUCGCGACUGCUUAAGCGCAAAGCAGGAUGUGGAGCGCCUGGAGCACCACCUGGAGGCCACGAAUCGUCACAAUGAACAACUUCACAAGGAACUAAGACAUCAGAAGGAGUCCCAUGACGCGGAGAUACAGACGAUGCGAAAGACGCUAGAGGGGGCGCGGGGGGAGCUCAACGAGUGCCGUGCCACCUUCCUUGAGGCGGAGACGCAGUUAAAGGAGGUGCGGCACGUGGCGCACACUCUUGAAAAGGAUAACAUCCGAGGUGCCGAGGAGCUUGCACGGGUGCGGGGGCUGGCGAGCGCCGAGCAGGAAUCCAUGGAGCGCGAGCGUGAAGAAAAACAGGCGCAGGUUGCCGAGCUACACGAGGAGGUGCUGCAGCUUCAGAAGGAGCUUUAUGCGGCGCGGCAGGAGUGUAAGGUGUUGGAGUCAAACUGCACGCGGAACGCGGAUGACGCAGAGCUGUGGCGCCGCCAGCUGACGGAUAUGACGGAUCACUAUCGCGCUCUUCAACAGGAUGCGGCGGAGCAGCAGGAGCAGCUGACGGCGGCCCUGCGGUCUUUUCGCGCAGAAGCCACAACCCUGCAGUCAAAACUUGAUGACGCCAUGGACGCGUUGGCGCAGAAGCAACGUGAAAGCGAGCAGUGUGAGGAACGUCACGUGCGAAAAAUGGAAUUGAGUCGACUUGCGGAGGAAACGCUCCGGAGGGAAGUGACGGAUCUCCAGCGGGACGUCCAGCAGCUCCAGCAGAGGCUGACCGCCGCCACAAACGCCGCCCAUGAGACAGAUAGGAUUGCGGCGCAGCAACAGGUGACAAUACGUGCACUCUCGGAGGAACUGGGGCGCUUCAAGACGCAGUCAGCAACCGACACGGAGGAGAGGGAGGACCUGCAGACCGCCUUGCGGGAACGAACGCUGGAGUUGGAGCGUGUGACACGCAACGCGGCUGCUGACCUGGAGAGGCUUCUUGCAAACACCAACGAGCUGCACCGUAGCAACGCUGACAGCUUGGAGGCCGAGCUGCGACGGGAGCAGCAGGCGGCGCAGGAGGCCCGCACCGCACGAGAUCGCGCUUUGGAGUCGCUUGAGCAGCGGGGGAGUGAGUGCGAGAUGCUGCAGGCGGAGGUGACGCGGCUGCGGCAGAUGCUGCGCUCUGCCCAGGCGCAAGUGAGUUCCACCCGGGCGGAGGUGGAGAGCACCGUCUCACAGGCGGCGAUGGAGGUGGGACUCCCACAGGAUGGGGAAGUCUCACUGAGUCGUGUGAUCAAUGAGCUGUUGUUGCGCCUCAGCCGCUCUUCCCACGGGGCUGCUAUGCUAGAUGUUGAGGUGUCGCACUUCAAAUCCUUUGAAAAUGCCUGUGAGGCGCAUGCUGCGGCGCUGCGGUACGCGACAGAUGCAACGCGGCUUCCGCUACAAAUUGUCACUAGUGGCGCCGCACCCAAUUCUCCCCUCGUGCAGCCCCAUGAGAGCAGUAGUGGGAGCAGUGUACACUCCUUGCGGCACCGACCCAUGCCAUCGCAUCCGUUGGUCGUGCGGGAUAUCGUAAGAAACGCCUCAACCUAUGCCCACCGCCUGAUGGAACACUGUCGCACACUUCGUGGCAUGUUGGAAAACAUGCAGGUGAUGCUUGCGCAGUGCGACACAACUGUUAUUGGAGAUCCAGCGGUUACCCGGGUGAAGCUUGUUUUCAUGGCGACAUUAAGUGAGCUGCACCUUCGCACUUCGCGGCAGACGACACUGUUGUACCAGAUAGCCGAUGGUGCUAUUAUAUCAACUGCGCUUCAGGAGACCGCAAGAGUUUUGCGCGACGACGAGGCGUACGUGAUGCGCCCGUUCAAUGAACUUCUUACACCUUCUUCCUUUUUUGCUUCCACGUCAUUGCGCACACCUCGGUGGAGCUGUGGCGGCAGUCAGGAGUCAGCCUCCUCAGCAACGUCUCGGGCUUCAUUUGCUGAGAGUCCUUCCGUGGGUCUGUACCUCCAGCAGAGAAGUUGUGUGAAGAUGGAGAAUGAACAUUCCUCGCGAGGUGUGCCUGAGCCACAGCCGCGCAUACAGGGCGGUAACGUGCCAGGCGAGGGGCCGCGAAGGUCUUCCAUGGCCGCUGCAGCUAGGACGGACGCCGCAGUGACGGCAGAAGCGACGGUGGUGGGGGCCUCAGAAGGCCGUGGGUGCAGUUGA